UUCAGUGGUGAAGCUGAGAGAAGCUUUCAGACACGUAGAGACUAAAACCUCCAGAUCACUUCCUCUGAGUCCAGCCAGAGAGAAGCAGCUGGUUCUCAUCCAGAUCCUCCAGAAAGACCAAGAGAUAGAGCAGGAGUAGCAGGAGGAGGAGCAGGAGGAGGAGGAGGAGGGACCAGGCUGACUGGACGAUGGAGGGAAGACGUGUUCUGCAGCUGCUCUGUCUGACCUUCACUCUCAUCUCCACCACUCUGCCAUCUCCUCCAGCAGGUCUGACUGUGAGUCCCAGCAGAUCUCAGUUCCUUGAAGGAGACUCAGUGUCUCUGAGCUGUGAGGAGGACGGAUGGACAGUGUGGAGGAAGACCAGCAGGAGACAGAGGAGUUCAUGUGAAGACAUGUGGGGAAAACCUGCUGGUUCCUCCUGUAGAAUCAGCUACAUGGUGACGAAAGACACUGGAGUUUACUGGUGUGAGUCCAGAGAGGGAGCAGCUGGAAGCAGCAUCAACAUCACUGUAGCUGAUACAGUGGUCCUCCAGAGUCCAGUCCUCCCUGUGAUGGAGGGACAGGACGUCACUCUGGGUUGUAGAACCAGCGCUCCCUCCACCCUCUCAGCUAGUUUCUUUAAAGACGGCGUCUUCAUCGGGACCGAGUCCACAGGUCACAUGACCCUCCGCCAUGUUUCCCGCUCUGCUGAAGGCCUCUACAGGUGUAGCUUCAGAGGUGUUGGAGAGUCUCCACCCAGCUGGAUCUCUGUCUCAGCUCCACCUACCAAGGCAGCUCCGCCCACUGAGGAAACUCCACCCAGAAGUGGAGCUCCGCCCACUUCCAUCACCUUCCUCCAGCUUGUGGUCAGAGUUUUCUCCUACCUGGUGGUUUUCUCUCUGAACUCCAUCUCCACUCUGCUCACGGUGUCUUUUUAUUGAAGCAGACCCAAACAUAACUAACUAACUAACUAACUAACUAAUCGAUCAUAUGACCAACCAACAAACCGACCGACUGGACAACCAUCCAACCAAUCAACGAUCAGCACGCUAAUCACAGGUUAACUUUUGAAUGACAAAGAAUCCAAAGAAUCAAGACAUGAACGAACCGACUGAAUCAACCGAUCUACCAACCGGUGAACCCAGUAACGACCACCUGUCAGGACUCUCUGUCCUCUCUGUCCUCUCUGUGUCCUGCUUGUCUCUCCAAGCUUCCCUCAGUCUCUCAUUGAUCCCAUCGUCCAGUCCCCGGUCAGCUCCUCCUCCCUGUGUGCUGACAGUGUGUCCCCCUGUCUCUCUCCCUGUCCUCCUGUUCUGUUCUGACCGACGGUCGUCCUGCUUGUUCUCCCGUCUGUUUCCUGUGUUCUUUGACUCCUCCUCUGUUCUCUGGAUUAUUCUCUGUCUGCUCCUGCUGGAUUCCUCGGCUGCAGUGUUUCCAUCAGUAAAGACUCUGAACUCUGGAGCUCUCUUCACGUCUGCUUUGGUUCCUCAUCGGCGGUGACGCCAUCUGACCAUUAAACCAGCCGUCCAACUAGUAAAUGACCCAAUCACUGAUUCAACCAACUAACAAUCCAGUAACUGACCAACACACCAAUCACAAGUUAAGAUGAUGAGAUGUCAUAACCAGUAUAACCAGCCAGCGUCCGCUCUGAGGAUGAGGAGCUG